AUGCACCAUCCGGAUCCAGACUUGAAGCAGAUGAGGGUCUUCCAGGGUGCUCUCCGGCAUCUGCUGCAGGACAAGGGGAUGGUUCCCCUUGAUUGUAUCACAGAGACCUUCCUCACAUCCGCCAAGGCCAUAGCCCUGACAGCAUUCCAGUCCGAGCCGCUGUUUCUCUGGUACGACUACUUCUCAGUUCCGCAGGCCUGCAACCCAACCAGCCAGGCCAAGGCCAUUCAGAGCAUCCCAGCUUAUGUCGCCGCGUGCACCUUCUUCUUCGCCCUCGUCCCCUUCAUCGAAGACAAGGCGCUGUCGCCGAUCAGCUGGUACUGUGGGGUUUGCGGUAUGAAAAACUACUGCAUUCGCUCCGUGGGCUCCUUGGGCGCCUGGCUAUGGUACCUUUGGCUUUGCGUGUUCACGGGGAACUUUCAAGGUGCCCUGGAAGCACUCUUCCUCCGACAGCUGCUGCUGGUCGAGGAGAGGCUGGGGAAGAGGUACCUCCACAGUGGUAGCCCUGCCAAGGCCCUCGUGCAGGCGGAGAAGUCCUUCGGCGUAGCCGCCGAGGACUUAAUGCGGCCGAACAGCACCUGGAGCUUCACGUCAGCUCAGAAGGCGUUUGUGACAGAGCUGGCGCAAGAGAUGAGGCAAGAGAUGUCGCUGACCGAGGAGCGUCAGAGAACUGCCCAGACUCAGCGAGCCACCGCAGACAUCAUCGGCAAGAUCCAGACUCAGAUGGACUACUUGGCCGGCAAGUUGCGCCAGUCAUCUACAGGCGGCCCAUGGAUGUUUUGGACGUCCUACCGCCUGCCAGGGACGCCAAUUCUGAUCUCUGGCCGAUAUCAGGAUGGCCGAACGAACAUCGAGCUGAACCUGGCGCCGAACAAGGAUCCAACCAACGCGGAGGCUGGCUUUGUGGAGAGCCUUACUCCGCAGAAUCUGGGUCUGUCGCUCAACGUGGGACUUUGA